AUGGAGUUGUUUGAUGGUCGAAGCAUCAUUGGGACAACCUUCGGAGAUUUCAAGGGGAAGAGCCAACUGCAUGAGCUUGCCAGAGCCUGCACAAAUGGGGAUGUGAAUCUAGAUGAGUUCAUCACACAUGAACUUCCGUUUGAGAAGAUAAACGAAGCGUUCAAGUUGCUCAGUGAUGGGAAGGCAUUGAGAUGUCUUCUGCACAUUUGA